UUUACAGCCCGAGCGGGCCCGGCGGCCCCGGCCCCGCGCCCGGCCCCGGCCCUGCGCCCCCCGCGCCCCCCGCACCGCCGCCCCGGGGCCCGAAGCGGAAACUUUACAGCGCCGUCCCCGGCCGCAAGUUCAUCGCCGUGAAGGCGCACAGCCCGCAGGGUGAAGGCGAGAUCCCGCUGCACCGCGGCGAGGCCGUGAAGGUGCUCAGCAUUGGGGAGGGCGGUUUCUGGGAGGGAACCGUGAAAGGCCGCACGGGCUGGUUCCCGGCCGACUGCGUGGAGGAGGUGCAGAUGAGGCAGCAUGACCCACGGCCUGAGACGCGAGAGGACCGGACGAAGCGGCUUUUCCGCCACUACACAGUGGGCUCCUACGACAGCCUCACGUCACACAGCGAUUAUGUCAUUGAUGACAAAGUGGCUGUCCUGCAGAAACGGGACCAUGAGGGCUUUGGUUUUGUGCUCCGGGGAGCCAAAGCAGAGACCCCCAUCGAGGAGUUCACGCCCACGCCAGCCUUCCCGGCACUGCAGUACCUUGAGUCGGUGGACGUGGAGGGCGUGGCCUGGAGGGCCGGGCUUCGCACGGGAGACUUCCUCAUCGAGGUGAACGGGGUGAACGUGGUGAAGGUCGGACACAAGCAGGUGGUGGCUCUGAUUCGCCAGGGUGGCAACCGCCUCGUCAUGAAGGUUGUGUCUGUGACAAGGAAGCCAGAAGAAGACGGGGCUCGGCGCAGAGCCCCACCGCCCCCCAAGAGGGCCCCCAGCACCACACUGACCCUGCGCUCCAAGUCCAUGACAGCUGAGCUUGAGGAACUCGCCUCCAUUCGGAGAAGAAAAGGGGAGAAGCUGGACGAGAUGCUGGCAGCUGCCGCAGAGCCAACGCUGAGGCCAGACAUCGCAGACGCAGACUCCAGAGCUGCCACCGUCAAACAGAGGCCCACCAGUCGGAGGAUCACACCUGCCGAGAUCAGUUCAUUGUUUGAACGCCAGGGCCUCCCAGGCCCAGAGAAGCUGCCGGGCUCCUUGCGGAAGGGGAUUCCACGGACCAAGUCUGUAGGGGAGGACGAGAAGCUGGCGUCCCUGCUGGAAGGGCGCUUCCCGCGGAGCACCUCGAUGCAAGACCCGGUGCGCGAGGGUCGCGGCAUCCCGCCCCCGCCGCAGACCGCGCCGCCUCCCCCGCCCGCGCCCUACUACUUCGACUCGGGGCCGCCCCCAGCCUUCUCGCCGCCGCCCCCCCCGGGCAGAGCCUAUGACACGGUGCGCUCCAGCUUCAAGCCCGGCCUGGAGGCGCGCCUGGGCGCUGGGGCUGCCGGCCUGUACGAGCCGGGUGCGGCCCUUGGCCCGCUGCCCUAUCCCGAGCGGCAGAAGCGCGCGCGCUCCAUGAUCAUCCUGCAGGACUCGGCGCCCGAGGUGGGCGACGCCCCUCGGCCCCCGCCCGCGGCCACCCCGCCCGAGAGACCCAAGCGCCGGCCGCGGCCGCCCGGCCCCGACAGCCCCUACGCCAACCUGGGCGCCUUCAGCGCCAGCCUCUUCGCGCCGUCCAAGCCGCAGCGCCGCAAGAGCCCCCUGGUGAAGCAGCUGCAGGUGGAGGACGCGCAGGAGCGCGCGGCCCUGGCCGUGGGCAGCCCCGGUCCCGUCGGCGGCAGCUUCGCCCGCGAGCCCUCCCCGACCCACCGCGGUCCCCGCCCGGGCGGCCUCGACUACGGCGCGGGCGAUGGCCCAGGGCUCGCGUUCGGCGGCCCGGGCCCGGCCAAGGACCGGCGGCUGGAGGAGCGGCGCCGCUCCACUGUGUUUCUGUCCGUGGGCGCCAUCGAGGGCAGCGCCCCCAGCGCGGACCUGCCAUCCCUACAGCCCUCCCGCUCCAUCGACGAGCGCCUCCUGGGGACCGGCCCCACCGCCGGCCGCGACCUGCUGUUGCCCUCCCCGGUGUCUGCUCUGAAGCCAUUGGUCAGCGGCCCGAGCCUCGGGCCCUCGGGCUCCACCUUCAUCCACCCACUCACCGGCAAACCCCUGGACCCCAGCUCACCCCUGGCCCUUGCCCUGGCUGCCCGAGAGCGGGCUCUGGCCUCCCAGGCGCCCUCCCGGUCCCCGACACCCGUGCACAGCCCCGAUGCCGACCGCCCCGGACCCCUGUUUGUGGAUGUACAGGCCCGGGACCCAGAGCGAGGGUCCCUGGCUUCCCCAGCCUUCUCCCCACGGAGCCCGGCCUGGAUUCCUGUGCCUGCUCGCAGGGAGGCAGAGAAGGCCCCCCGGGAGGAGCGGAAGUCACCCGAGGACAAGAAGUCCAUGAUCCUCAGCGUCCUGGACACAUCCCUGCAGCGGCCAGCUGGCCUCAUUGUUGUGCACGCCACCAGCAAUGGGCAGGAGCCCAGCAGGCUGGCGGGGGCCGAAGAGGAGCGCCCGGGCACCCCGGAGUUGGCCCCGGCCCCCAUGCAGUCAGCAGCUGUGGCAGAGCCCCUGCCCAGCCCCCGGGCCCAGCCCCCUGGCGGCACCCCAGCAGACCCAGGGCCAGGCCAGGGCAGCUCAGAGGAAGAGCCAGAGCUGGUGUUUGCUGUGAACCUGCCACCCGCCCAGCUGUCGUCCAGCGAUGAGGAGACCAGGGAGGAGCUGGCCCGAAUUGGGUUGGUGCCUCCCCCUGAGGAGUUUGCCAACGGGGUCCUGCUGGCCACCCCACUCGCUGGCCCGGGCCCCUCGCCCACCACGGUGCCCAGCCCGGCCUCAGGGAAGCCCAGCAGUGAGCCACCCCCUGCCCCUGAGUCUGCAGCCGACUCUGGGGUGGAGGAGGCUGACACACGCAGCUCCAGUGACCCCCACCUGGAGACCACAAGCACCAUCUCCACGGUGUCCAGCAUGUCCACCUUGAGCUCGGAGAGCGGGGAACUCACCGACACCCACACCUCCUUCGCUGACGGACACACUUUUCUACUCGAGAAGCCACCAGUGCCUCCCAAGCCUAAGCUCAAGUCCCCGCUGGGGAAGGGGCCGGUGACCUUCAGGGACCCGCUGCUGAAGCAGUCCUCGGACAGCGAGCUCAUGGCCCAGCAGCACCAUGCCGCCUCUGCCGGGCUGGCCUCUGCCGCCGGGCCUGCCCGUCCUCGCUACCUCUUCCAGAGAAGGUCCAAGCUAUGGGGGGACCCCGUGGAGAGCCGGGGGCUCCCUGGGCCUGAAGACGACAAACCAACUGUGAUCAGUGAGCUCAGCUCCCGCCUGCAGCAGCUGAACAAAGACACGCGUUCCCUGGGGGAGGAACCAGUUGGUGGCCUGGGCAGCCUGCUGGACCCUGCCAAGAAGUCGCCCAUCGCAGCAGCUCGGCUCUUCAGCAGCCUCGGUGAGCUGAGCUCCAUUUCAGCGCAGCGCAGCCCCGGGGGCCCGGGCGGCGGGGCCUCCUACUCGGUGAGGCCCAGCGGCCGCUACCCCGUGGCGCGACGCGCCCCGAGCCCGGUGAAGCCCGCGUCGCUGGAGCGGGUGGAGGGGCUGGGGGCGGGCGCGGGGGGCGCAGGGCGGCCCUUCGGCCUCACGCCCCCCACCAUCCUCAAGUCGUCCAGCCUCUCCAUCCCGCACGAGCCCAAGGAGGUGCGCUUCGUGGUGCGCAGCGUGAGCGCGCGCAGCCGCUCCCCCUCGCCGUCGCCGCUGCCCUCGCCCGCGUCCGGCCCUGGCCCCGGCGCCCCCGGCCCACGCCGACCCUUCCAGCAGAAGCCGCUGCAGCUCUGGAGCAAGUUCGACGUGGGCGACUGGCUGGAGAGCAUCCACCUGGGCGAGCACCGCGACCGCUUCGAGGACCAUGAGAUAGAAGGCGCGCACCUACCCGCGCUUACCAAGGACGACUUCGUGGAGCUGGGCGUCACGCGCGUGGGCCACCGCAUGAACAUCGAGCGCGCGCUCAGGCAGCUGGACGGCAGCUGACGCCCCACCCCCACUCCCGCCCCGGCCGUGCCCUGCCGGCAGGGCCCCCCACCCCCACCCCGGGCCGCGGGCUCGGCCUGCCCCUAACGACGGCGCCCGGGCCAGGAAUGUUGCAUGAAUCGUCCUGUUUGCUGUUGCUCGGAGACUCGCCCUGUACAUUGCUUAGUGCUCUCACCGGCCGCCCAGCCCACCCAGCACACAGUCAGGAAGGGCGUGGACCAGGGAGGCUGGGGCGGGAGGGGCUGGGGGUGGGGUGCUCUAGCCUGACCACCGCCUUCACAGCUCCUGGUGGCCAUUCUCCCAGAGGGGGAACCUAGUCCAGCAUGCGAGGUCAGGACCCGCCUUGGUGACUCGGGGGGAGGGGGGAGACAUUGGGAUUCUCGAUGGGGGCCAAGGAGCCCCCCUGUUUUGCAUAUUUUAAUCCACUCUAUAUUUGGAACGAGAAAAGGAACAAAUAUCUCUGUCCGUAAUAGUUUCCUCUCCCCUCCCUUCUACUUCCACUGGUCCCACUGCAGCUGCCCAGUCUUCCAUCUCCGGCCCCUCACUGCCACUGCCACCCCACAACGGGGCAGGGGACGCUCCAGCUGGUCUGGGGUUGGCCAGGGCCCUAGUGGCCCGCCCUGGGGCCCCAGCUCGGCCCCUCCCCUCGCUGAGCUCUAGUGUGCCCCACCGACCUUUCAGGUGCUGCUCGUGGGGGGAGGGGCGGCAGGCCGCGGGUCCUGCUGUGCACCCGCGAGACCAGCCGGCCUGGGAGACCAUCGGCCGGGGGGGUGAGGGCAGGGCCCUGCCGCUCCACCGCAGCCAUCUUCCUCACAGGGUCUCUCCCCAAGGAGGGGGCCAGUUUGGUCCCCAUGCUCUUGGGCAACUACAGCAGAGAAGCCUCCCUGCCUUGGACCCCAAAGUCUCCUGUCCUGCCCUUUGUGUGUGUGGGUGAAACUGGGUGCGUCUGAGCACGUGGGAGCCAUGUGUGUGCCUGAUUACUGAGUGGCCCAGGGGCCGCUCUGGACUAGCGUGGGGCUGUGGAGGCGUGCACAGUGUGCAUGCAUGGGGUGUGCCUGUGAAAGCACCCUGUCUCCUCUUCCAAAGAAAGUCAGAGGCCAUCCUUCACCCUGGGUCCUGCUGUUUGCCCAGCCUGUCCUUCCAGAGCCUCACCCAGCCUGAGCGGGGGUCCCUGGUGAAUCCCUGCUGCUUGGGGAGGCCCCAAGGGCCCCUUGGAGGCAGCGCCCCCACCUUGGGCUUCUGAGGGGAUCCUAGGGGGACCCCUAGAGUCAGGCCACCACUGGCCCUGGGGAGAGUCAAAGACCCCCGAGGGUGCCCAGCCCCCCACACUGUGACUCCUCACACUCAGCAAUGACCUGUGGGGUGGGGGCCCUGGGACGUUUUUAAACCUAGGGUUUGGAGUCUGGACUAAGCUCCAUCCACGUCACUCACAAGUUUCUGUUUAUAUUUCUAGCUUUUUUUAAUAAAAUAAAAAAAAAAGACAGAAAACAGAAGUUUUCACAACCCAGGGGCCUGGCACGCCGGUCUGUGCCUGCCCGCCCCGCCCUGGCCCACCGGCCCCACUCCCUGGGCGCAGAGUCACACCCACUCACCCUCCGCCAACAGUCCAGGUCACACAGCAGCAGUCACUGUAACAGACUGCCACAUACACACUCGGUCUCACACUCACCUGUGGGUUUUGGUUCCGUUCAAUUUGGGUUUUUAACUUUACAGGGUCAGUUCCGCUUCACCUCCUUUUGUAUGGAGUUCCAUCCGGGGGGUUUCACCCCCUGCUCCAGUCCUGAGGCCUCCUGACCCUGACGUUGUGAUACACCCCACAGAGAUCUAUGUUUCUUAUAUUAUUAUUGAUAAUAAUUAUUAUAAUAUUAUUAUGUAAUAAAUUUAUAAGAAAUGAA